UAUAGAGUGAAUUGUUUUUGACAUAUUAUUUCAUAAUAUAAAUUAUAGUGUUUAUUGUUUACAUAUGAUUUUCAUAUUAAAGAAUAGUGAGCACGUCACAUUUCGGUGUUUAAAUUAAAAAUAUAGAAACAAUAUUUGAUAAAGUCCAAUUGACAUGUCAAUCACUGCACAGUUUAGAAAUUCAGUCGAUUGUUGCAGAUAAGCAUAUAAAUUCCAUUAAUCUAUUAUGGAUUUGUCAUCGAGCUCCAAUUGUCCUCCGACACCUCCACAUUUGGAAGGAUGUCCAGCUACCCCCACAAGAUUACCGGCGUUUAAAUCGAAUUCGGGAAGCCCUAAUCCUUCAGAUGAUUCUUCGAACGAAGGCAGACUGUCAGUUGCAUCGGACAAUGCUGAUAACAGGGCCUCACCACCUCCUAAUUGUGCUAUUUGUUUAUAUAAGUGCAAAAACAAAUGCUUUACGGACUCAUGCCUGCACCAGUUUUGUUUUACAUGUUUAUUACAGUGGAGUAAGGUGAAACCAGAAUGCCCUUUAUGCAAACAAUCUUUUAAGUCUAUAAUUCAUAAUGUAAGAUCCAAUGAUGAUUAUGAAGAAUACUUAGUAAGGCCUACAAUAACUACCAUAGCAGAACCGCUGCUUGUUACUAAUUAUCAUCUUCCUCAUGCUGAUCGUGUUGGACAAAGAUAUCGAUUCAGGACUACUUUAAACAUUCAACGACAGGAAGAAAUAGCUCUACAGAAUUAUUUAAUGGAUCAUCCUUUGACCAAUAGUUUUAUGCUUUCUAGUAAUCCAUUUUUUGAUGUCUCUGUCAGGAAUACUUCAUUAAGGCGCGCACGACAUAGUAAUCAAGCUGGCAGUGAUUUCAGAUCAGUCGUUUAUAGAAGUAAUUUAUGGGCUACUCCUCUGCCUGAUAUAACUGGACGUUUUAGAGAAUGUUCAGCUCAUUUUUAUAGGAAUAAUCCAGCACAGAAGCAUAGACUAAUGCCAUGGCUAGAUCGAGAAUUGAAAGUACUUUUAAACCAAAAUCAACCUCAUAUGAGUUAUGUCUUGGGUAUUAUAUCAGAACUCAUUCCAGUUCAUGAUAUAAAUUCUGCUCAGUUUCGAUCAGCUAUCUCGCCAUAUUUUACUAACAAUACCGAUCAUUUUGUUCAUGAAUUCUAUCAAUUUGCCCGCUCACCAUUUGAUAUGAUAGGUUAUGAUAGAGAUGUCCAAUAUGUAUCAGAGGAAUAUCUUAUGGGCACCACGCCGAGUGUAAUUAGCAGUUCUUCUGAUUCAGAUGAUUCUGAUGUUAGAAUUAUUUCACCAGAUGCUACUCCUGCUCUUAAUCUAAUGGUUAAUAAUGAUGAUUCCGUGAUAUAUGUGAAUGAUGAAAGCACUUCAGUCAUGCUAACAUCUGAACCCAGAGUAGAUAACUCAUCAAAUUCACAAAACAAUGGACUGGAUUCAUUUAUUUCUAUUGAGACUAUAUCACCAACUAGUAGUGAUGAUGAUUCUGAUGCCUGUGUAAUUACUGGUGUUGUUAAACCACCUCAGGAUAGAACCCCAGAAUUAGUAACACUGGAUACAGAUAAUGAUGACACAGAUGUUGUAAGUGUUCAUAGUGAAGCUGAGAGAAGUAGUGUCUCGAACUGGUCAGAUAAUAACAAUGUAUCUCAACUAAAUCAACCAAGCACUAGCAGAGCUUGGAAUAGAAAACGGAAAUUUCCUCCUGCUUCUAGAACAAGGCCUAAAUCACCACCAGCAUAUAGAAGUAGUAGUGAUAGUGAUUCUGAUUUUAAUUUGCCAUUAGCUGCAUACCAAAAAUCUAUGUCUGAGAUAUUGCUAAAGCGAUUUCAAGAUGGUCAGCAAAAUAGGAAACCCGACUCGGAUAGCGAAGAUCAUGGACAUAAGAAGAAAAAGCUUAAUUCAAAGAAAGGGAAAUCACUUGUUCGAAAUGGUACUGCCAGCUCUAGUAAAACAGGUAAUAGGAGUAGUAAUGAAAAGCGAACCUAUGAAAGCAGCUCAACAACUGAACAUGACACAAGCAGCAAUAGCAGUUCUAGCAGAGAAAAGAAGUGUAAAUUAAAAAGUGUUGUGGUGAAGAAAGAUGACAACAUGGCUGCAGAUGAUCCGAUAACGGUCAACCUGCCAAACUCAAACGGUCAUACAUUUGACGAGUCUGAAUCAUCAGAAAUUAAUGUUACUGAUGAAUCAAACUUCCAAGAGGAUAUAAAUUUUUAAGUGAUUAGGGUAAUUGUAAAUAAGUGCAAU